AGUUCUUUAUUUGUUCAUAUGAAUAAGGAUAUACAGAUUUUGAUUGAUUAAUUGCUUAAGAAAUUGAACAAUUGCGUUUGAUAUAUUUCGCAUUCACUCUGCAUUCAACCAACAAUGCAUCACUGCCGUAAGAUCGUUUAAUACACCUUAAACGGAACUGAAAUAUCUUGCCAAAAAAACAAACAUAUAUAGACGGAAAUAUAUUUAACCGAAAUCUUGGUUGAAAGAUGCUUGUCAACAACAAAACACCACGUAUCAUUUGAAGUCUCCAGAAGCCAUUACGUAAACACUCAACUGAUUGUUGAAGACAUAAUUCCUAGUGAUGCUUUUAAUUCGGAAGUACCGUUGCGAUCGGAAGGGAAAAAGUGGCGAAAGGAUGAUGAUGCCAUCAAUUAUUGUGCAAAUCCUGUAUGUACUUUGGAUGGCAACAAUUGUUCCCUGCGAAACGUACACCGCCGAAUGUGACCAUGAGACUUUGACAGUACGAGCCGGUUUUAGGGAACACCCGACAUACUGCAGUAAAUUUAUCCAGUGCCUUCUUAACAAAGACGGCCAGCUUGUUAGCAUUGUGCGAGACUGUGGUUAUGGGACAUAUUGGAACCAAACUUUUCUGACAUGUACUUUAGCAACACGCACUGUCUGCAAACAUGAUUUGUGUUAUCAACAGCCAGACGGAAAGCGAAGAAAAGGACAUGGAAAUUGUAGAGGUUUCUAUGAGUGCCAGGGAAGUUCGUCCGUACCAAGGUGUUGUCCUCUGGGACAGUAUUUGCAUAGCAGUCAGCUAGUAUGUGUAAACAAUACGGCAGAUAUCACGUGUAAUCAUCGUUGCUUGGACACAAUGCUAUACACACAUUCAAGUGAACCAUUUAAAGUCGGAGGUACAUUGAAUCCUUUUUCUAAAAGUCAAGGGAAAACAAUGCUUUCAGAUUGGCAAGUUAAUUCGGGCAUUAAUCAGCAAACACCCGUCGACAUACCAUUAGAUAGAAAUGUCAAUGCAAAAACAAUCUGUGACAAAACCGGCAUACCUGAAAACCCUUUGAUGUAUAAACAAACGCUUUAUGGUGAAGGGUGGGUUGUAAAAGGACGCUGUCCCAAUGGAACAAUAUUUGUACAAGCUGUUUGCAACUGCGUUUCUUUUUUGGAUCAAACAAAUAUACCUAACCCCAAUGGAGGUGUACUAAUAAUGACCCAAAUAACAAUGUGUAGACCGAAAAUCUACCUUCCAUUUACGCUUAACGAAAGAGAUCGAUCCAGGAACGCUUAUGAAAUUAUCAACCACAAUGUAACAGUGCGAAAUGGUAAGGCCAUUUUCGAUGGAAAAGAAAACUAUAUAAUGAUUCCAAUAUUCUCAAGUUUAGAUAUAACAAAUAGCUUAGUGAUUAAGGUUAUCUACAGUUCCGACCAUGAGUCGAUUCCAAGCAAUCGUUUCAGGACAAUAUUCUCGAAUGACGGAUGCAACGAAGCGCCAAACGUUUACAUGUAUGAGAAUUGGCAACACAUUAUCGGUGGUGUCGGUACAGAGCCAUAUGCAGACAUGUCGAAAGACGCUCGUAUUCUUCAACGUCCAAACACACCAGGCCAACAAAGUUCUACAAAAGAGGUCAUGUUUGUGUUUCAUGGUGGGGAAUUUACGAUAAAGAAUGGAAAUCGAUCCCAAACUAUUCACGGCAAAGGAAAUUUAAACAAGUUAGAAUGUCCUCUCAAAAUUGGUUACGGUGCUGAUAUCCUGCCAUUUAAAGGAGAAAUCGACGAGUUCACUGUUUAUAUGUGUCAAAACGUUAAAAGAUUUUUAUCUUAAUAAUUGGACCUUAUUGAAAAAAAAAUCAACAAACAUUAAAUUGCUGGAACUAGA